AUGACGGACAAGCUCCCGCCCAACCUUCUCGCGCUCUUCGCGGCGCGUCCCCCCCUGCGAUGGCUAGAACACCCAGACUACGCACCCGAGAAGCGCAGGACGGCCGCCAUCCAAGGCCUGGCCGCCUUCCUCCCCGAGCUGCAAAAGUACAAGGAGACGGACGAGUACACGCCGACCGAGAGUUGGCUCGAGGCGCGCGACAGGAAGAGGCGCGAGAAGGAGGCUGCCGUUGUGCAGUUGCGCAAGGAUGCACCCACCAUCUACAAGCCGAGUGAAGACCCCAACAUCCGCGGCGAUGCUUUCAAGACCAUGAUCGUCGCUCGACUCAGCUACGAGGCCGACGAGCGCGAUCUCGAGCGCGAAUUUGGACGCUUUGGUCCCAUCGAACGCGUACGAUUGAACUGCGACCCUUUACUUUUGAAUGCAUUGAUCCGCAUUGUCAAGGACACGCACGCGCACGAAAAGCCCAGCAAGAAGAAGAAGGCGCAUCGUGGAUAUGCCUUUGUCGUCUUCGAGCGCGAAAAGGACAUGAGAGCGGCGCUGGACUCAUGCGAUGGAAUCCGCAUCAAGGACCGUAACGUCAAGCUGGACGUCGAGCGCGGCCGCACCGUCCGCUCAUGGCUCCCCCGCCGACUGGGUGGCGGACUGGGCGGUCGCGGCUAUACCAAGGCCGUCAGCUCACGUCCCAUGGGCGGCGGCUUCGGCGGCGGCGGAUAUCGCGGCGGGUUCAGGGGGUUCGACGGCGGCGGUCGCGGACGAGGCGGCUUCCGCGGAGGUUUCGGUGGAGGCCGCGGUGGUGGCUUCAGGAGAGACGGUGGUGGUGACUUUGGCGGUCCCCGUGGUGGUGACCGUGACCGCGGCUUUGGUAACGGCCCGCCCAGAGAUGCUCCCCUUGGCCCUGGAUCUGACCGCAGGAAUGGUGGCGAACGCUCCUUUGGCGGUGGUAACGAUCGUGAUCGCCCCUCGUACGAUGACCGGCGCGGCGGCGGCGGCGGCGGCUACCGAGGAGGUGACCGAUUCGGAGGCGGUGGCGGCGGAGAUCGCGAGAACCGCCGCACCGGAAGCAACAUGGAACCUAUCGGCGGCCGUCGGGAGGUUGGACAUCGCGACCGUGACCGCGAACGUGAGCGUGGCCCUCCGCGCGACCAUGACCGACCACCUAGGGACGAUGAUAGCCGGAAGCGUGCCUACGACGGUGGCGGCUACGACGACUCCCGCAAGUCUCGCCGGUACUAA